AAAGAUGAACACGUGUAAGGCCCUGGUUCAGCUCAUUUCCUUCUCUUCCCAUCUGUCAGUUCCAUGAUGAUUAUUUAUUCAACACUCACACAGUGAUUGGUUGCAGGCACAGUAGAUUCUUGGGGCAUGAAAGAAAGCUCAGUGAAGGGGUUGGGGAUUUAGCUCAGUGGUAGAGCGCUUGCCUAGCAAGUGCAAGGUCCUGGGUUCCGUCCCCAGCUCCGAAAAAAAGAAAAAGAAAAAAAAAAAGGGAAGCUCAGUGAAAGGCACUCGCCACAAAGUUUGAUGACCCAAGUUCAAUCUCUGGGACCUACUCCUCCAAGUUCUCUUCUGAUCUUCACACAGAUUCCGUGGCAAGCAUGUGCUCACACACACACACUCGAAUUUCUUCUGAUGUAAGGGCAUUACUUUAACCAGCACUCUUCUAUGUACCAGAGUUUGUCCUUGAUUUCUGCUGAAAGGCCAACUUCCUUCUCGUCCUCUGUGACCAUGGGAAAGGCACCUCAUCGUCAUGGACCCUGAUCUCUGAAAUGAGACAUUAACUGUGAGAUGUUUAGGUUUUCUGUUACUUAUAUCAUCUCAUCGUUUAAAGUGGGUCUUUGUCACCUAGAUUCCAAGUCCACUGUGAUAGGUGCUAGAGCAUUUAAAGCUUGGAUGAGCAUGUCCCGUCAUUGAGCACUGUACAGCCUGUCAUAAUAAGGGUGUGGCAGGGAAGGGGGGAUGCCCCGAUGCAUCGUAAUGCUUGAGAAAGAGACUCGUGAACUGUUCUGAGGCUGGCAUUUCUAGGAUGGAUAGAAAUGAAUGAACAGGCAGAAGCAUAAAAGGAAGUCCACUGUAGUAGACUAUGCCAUGUCUCCAGAAUUCUAAAAACAUGAACAUGUGAGUUUUCAUGCCUGCAGUCUGCUUCCACAACUGGAGAGUCAAACACAAUUCUGUGGAGAAUCUUCAAGAGAAAGGCCUUCAAGAGUCUGUCGAGAUGACUCAGAAACUAAGAGCACCCCUGGCUCCUGUAAGUUCAGUUCCUGGCACCCACACAGUGCUUCAGCAUCCGUCCCUCCAGUUCGAGGAGCUCCAGUGACCUCUUCCACCUCCAGCAGUACCAGGCAGGCAUGCUCGGCACAGACACACUUAACACGUGAAAUAAAAGUUCUUAGCACAGGAGAAAGAGAAAAGACUUCAGGCCUUCCCAUAGGGGGCUUCUUGGGGGCUAGUUUGGGAAGAAAUGGCCAGUCAGUAACUGGAAGUUGAGUUUGUAUUGUGAAUCUUCAAGAAGUACACAAGGAUAAUUGAAAUAGAUUGCUGUCAAAAAUGGGAAGAAGUGUCUUGCCAUAUAUCCAAAAACCACAAAUUGUGGUGACUCUUUAAAGUUAUCUCACAAAUAUUGAAAGUGGAAAAAAAUAUUUAUCUUUGAAAUCCCGAGCCAAAUGUCCAGACAGGACUCCUCUGAGAGCUUGUGUAAGGAGCCUCGGUGGGGAAAAGGUCUCUGUAACUGAAGAAGGAGGGAGAGAAAAAGAAUAAGGAGUAUUGUCAUCCCAUACACCACUGUGCUGAGAACCGUCGUCAGGCUUGCUCCUGAUGGAACAGAACUGGCGCCUCCAUCAUUCUCUGCUGAGACAACUUGCCAAAAUGUCCGUUCAAAGACUCUUUAGUUUCCUCUGACUGUAACAAUAAAGACGUUUUUAAAUGGAGGUCGCCAUUAGUCACUUGGAGUCUUCAGAGAGACCACACAGAGGAAUCCUGUGACUGGUGAUUCCGAGGGGAUGCUUAUCAUCAACCCAGAUGGUCAUCUCUUCAAGAUAAUCCCCACGUCAGAACAACUAUACCCUCGUGAUCGGUGUGGUGAGGACUUCAUUCAGAACUCAGAACUAAUGUGUCAUCAGAGAGACCACCUAAAAGAAAAAGCCUGCAGGCGAGAGCAUCGUGGGAGGGGCUUCAGCUGCUCUGAGCUUUGUGGGCGGGGCUUCACAAAGUCUGUUUCCGCAUCAAGCAGUCCACAUGGAUGAGAAACCGUACAAAUGUGACAAGUGCGGGAAGGGCUUCACCAGGAGCUCAAGUCUGCUUGUCCAUCAUUCAGUCCAUACAGGUGAGAAACCUUUCAAGUGUGACAGGUGUGGGAAGGGCUUCAGUCAGAGCUCAAAGCUGCACAUCCACCAGAGAGUCCACACUGGAGAGAAGCCGUAUGAGUGUGAGGAGUGUGGUAUGAGCUUCAGUCAGCGAUCAAACCUGCACAUCCACCAACGUGUCCACACAGGAGAGAGGCCCUACAAGUGCGGGGAGUGUGGAAAAGGCUUCAGCCAGAGCUCGAACCUACACAUCCACCGGUGCACCCACACAGGAGAGAAGCCGUACCAGUGCUACGAAUGCGGGAAAGGCUUCAGCCAGAGCUCAGACCUUCGAAUCCACCUCAGAGUGCACACUGGGGAAAAGCCCUACCACUGUGGCAAGUGCGGGAAGGGCUUCAGCCAGAGCUCCAAACUCCUCAUCCAUCAGAGAGUCCACACGGGAGAGAAGCCGUAUGAAUGCAGCAGGUGUGGGAAGGGCUUCAGCCAGAGCUCAAACCUCCACAUCCACCAGCGGGUUCACAGGAAGGACCUUCACUAAGUAACAUGAGCCCCCCUCGGGAGUUCAGAAUACUUUUAUUGUAAGAAAAAUAUUUUUCAUGGCUGAGUGUGCAUAUCAGAGGUAGAGUGCUUGCCUAACAUGUAUAAAGCCCUGAGUUUGAGCUCUAGUACCCCACCACAGUUUCCACCUUAAUACUUUGUGCAUGUAGGAAUGUGUGUUCAUGCAGAGAGGGGUACAUACAUGCAUUGUGCUGGUGUGUGCAUGCACGUGUGCACGUGUGUGGAGGUCAGGUGCGCAGAUGCUUACCACGGGUUUUUUUGUUUUGUUUUGUUUUGUUUUUUUUUGAGACUGGAGAUCUGUCUGUUAGUCAUGGCAUGGAAUGUCACCAAGUAAGCCAGGCCAGAGUCCCAGGAUCUAUCUGUCUCCACUUCCCACCUCACCAUGGCUAGGAUUACAGGUGUGUGCCACCUCACUCUCUUACAUGGAUUCUGUCUCAAGCUUUCUAGACAAGAACUUUGCUGACUGAGGCAUCUCCGAGGGCCCCAGUUUAAUACAUUCAACUCUUACCUUUGCAUUCCUCAAAGGAAAGAAGUAGUAAGGGUUGUUCACAUAUAGCCCCUCACGGAAGACACCAAUCCUUCAUUUACAGCACCCGAGUACCAGCUCUUCUUAUGUUAUACAAGGAAUGGACUGUCCUGGCUCCUCCCUGGGUAGAGUAUAUAUUGCAAUUCUGCUAGUGUUAUUCGAAGUAUAUUCCUCAAUUUUACCUGCAAGAACUUUGUGUUUUUCCAAGCACAGCAUGGUUCCCUUCUCUGAGAAACUGGAAUUCAUGUUUCCUCUGAAAUGAUGUGCCUUGUUUUUCAUAUUCCUUUUAAGUCCUAAAUAGCCCUCUUUAACCUAUGAUCACACAAUGUGUCCAUUCGAGGGCGGGGUGGGGGAGCUGGGGGUAUAACGGCCAUGGCGAUCUGUUGUGUUUAAUACAAAAAUGUACGCUCACGCUAUAGGACGUGCUUCCCCACAUGCUACUGUGAUGGGAAGUCCACUCAGUCCCUCCUCCCUGGCAGCUUUCAGGAAUGCGAACGAUCAGUUUUUACCGAGUGAAGUUAGUUUGUCGGGACUACUUCCAUAGGACAAACAAGGGAGAAAUCCCAAAGCAACAUAGCCAAAGUAGUCAGGGGAGUAAGCCUAGCAUCGGGUGCUACGGAGAAUGGGUGACUCAGCACAGGAGCUGAGGCAGAGCUGGAGGAACAGUCCACAGGGAACAGAGGGCAGCCAAUCAGAGGCUUCAGAAACCAUAGCCAGACUUGAUAAAUUAAAAUCGACUAGUGGAGCUGGGAGGUGCCCCACUCCCAGCUUUAAUACCAGCACUUGGGAGGCAGAGGCAAGAGGAUCUCUGGGUUCAAGGCCAGCCUGGUCUACAGAGCGAGUUCUGGGAUGAGGCUACACAGAGAAACCCAGGGAGGGUGUGUGUGUGUGUGUGUGUGUGUGUGUGUGUGUGUGUGUGUGUAUUAUUAACUAAUGGAGAAACUACUAAAGAAUGUGCCUUUGUUAAACAGGUCUAAUCUAUUUUCAGGACAGUCCCCAAAAUAGUAGUAAAUGUUUGCUUAUAGAAACUACAGCAGUUACGAGAACAAGAGGAAGAUAAUCGUCAAAUGAGAUCUCAGCAAGAACUCGCAGGCUAGGAAGAUGGGUGGGUGGGCAUUCUAUUAGUGCAGAGGCUUAACAGUAAGGGGUUAAGGAAAAGACAGCUCUGUUUUGGUUUUAGGUUAAAACGUGCUUAAUAAAAUGAAAGAUGGGAAUGAAGCAUGCUGGGAAAGCCAUGACAGUAAAGCCCAAGGCUAUGUGGAACAUUCCCUUUGUCCCAUGUAUACAUGGACUAUUCUCCACAGCUGAUAUGUAGAGCCAGCCAGAACUUACCCUCCAGUAAAAGUUCUGAGGCAUAAAUGGAGAUUCUUCUGGCCUUGGGAAUCCAACAAUAGAGCAGCUCUCUAGCUCCGAUAUACAUAAAGCUUCACUGUUAAUAAGUACAGGCUCAUUUCCAGUUAGAGAUAUUUUCAUAUUCUGAAGUAACUGGCUAGCACAAACGGGAGUGGGGGGUUGGGGGGUAUGGCUUACAUAACACUGUCCACUAACUGGAUUCAUUGAUAUUUGUACAACAGUCCACUCAGCAACAUCAUACUAUGUAUUUUCAAGUGCGUGUAUUAUAAAUUAGAAAACAAAUCUCUUUUAAAAAAUUUGAAUGGAGGGGGCAGUGACUCAGUCAUGCCUGAAAACCUGGGUUUGCUUCCUAGAACUUCCAGGGUAGAAAGAGAGAACCAACUCCCAAAAGUUAUCCUCUGACAUGCCAUACACUAUGUGGCACACAUGUGUGUGCACGAAUAUACAUGCACCAAAUAAAAGUGGAAAUUAAUUUUUUUUAAUUUAAAAACCAUCUAAGAUACAUUCUCUUUGAAACAGAAGAACCUUCAGAUAUUUAGAAAUUAAACAGCACCUGACUCCUAAGUGAGCAACAGACUAAAUGAAAGAAACAGAAUUUGUAAAUAUUUUGAAUUGAAUAACUGUAUUAGAAUUAGAGACUCCUGUUAAGACAAUGCUUAGAGGAAAUGGUGUGGUGUUUAAUGUGUACCUUAGAGCAGGAGAAAUUUCAAAAUGAUCCAAACUCCCAAAGAAACUAGAAAAGGACAGGAGUAGUAAAGAGUAAGGUAGAAGGAUCAUGAACUCAAGGCUAGCCUGGGCUACAUAGCCCAUAGCACACUUAACACAAAGCAAGGAGAAAGAGCUGAUAAAGGCAGGAGCUUAAAAUUUAUGAACUAGUAGAUGGACAAACACAAAAUACAGAACUACAGCCUGGCUCGUGGAAAAAUGAUAGCAGUCGAUGGUGGCAGGAACGGAAGAGCAGCACCCAGAUCCUGCAGACAUUAAGGGGAAUACAGGAAUGGCAGCACCAAGUUCACAGCUCAGACGAGAAUUCCUGUUAAAGGCACACACUAACAAAUCAGUCGAGAUACCUUAAAUAGCUAUCUCCUAUUUUAAACGACACUGAUUGGUGCUAGAGAGAUGGCUCAGCACUUAGGACUACUUGUUGCUCUUGCAGAGGACCAAAGUUCAUUUCCCAGCACCCACAGAGUAACUGAAAACUAGAUACAUCUGACACCAGUGACAGAGAAUCCAAUGCCCUUUUCUCGUUUCCGUGGACACUAAGAAUGCAUGUGGUACAUAUGCAUAUAUGCAAAGCAAAACACGUAAAACAAAUAAAUAUAACAAAUCUUA